ACUCUUUCUUCUCCUUUUUCUUCACAUCUCUGCUUCUGCUCUGGUCUUCUUGCCCCGAUCAUUCCAUUCUUUUGAUUCUUUCUCGUUGAACAAUCAUGCACAGAGAAAGCUCAUCGCGUGCUCCUUCCGACCAGUCCUGCAUCAAUGUCUUAACAUCUAAAUUGAGACACUCUAAUGCCCAGAAGAUUGAUGAUAAGGAAGAGCGUUAUCCAAUCUCUGACCCAAGAUCCAUUGAUACCAAGAAGGAGAGCUCACGUCACUGGUCGUGUCAUUCCGGGAAAUGGAUUCACGUUAUACCCCUGGUUGUGUUCAUCUGCUGGCUCAUACUCUGGUGGUUCUCCCAUCCGGUAAAUGUGGUGAAUAAAGAUGAAAGCAUUGUUUCUGUACAUCGAUUCAUGCUGCUACCAAUGGACAACACCACUCAGGACAAUCUGCCAAAGUUGUCUCCCUCUCCAUCCUAUGGCUUGGCUCCUCAGGAACUGAACAGCAGCAGUGAGCCACAACAAUCUGGGGAGUAAAAUCAUGUGAGUGGUUCUUUUGUUUGUAUGAGAAGAUGGUCUGAAUUUUCUGUUUCAGUUUUGUAUGCAACUCUCUGAUUGCUUGUUACAACAAUUAGUUUCCUAGUUUUAGAUCUCAAGAAAAAAGUACAGACAGAAGAAAGGAACUCUAUAAAUUGGAUGAAAUGUACACAACUAAUCACCAACAUUUGAAGCCAUAAUAUGAAUUUUGUGAUUCCUC